UCCAGACGCAAGGUGCGGGAUGCAAGGUGCAGGGUACCCGGCGGUCCUCUCUCCCCUGCCCAUCUCCCCUCUCGCGGAAAGUUUUCCCGCAGAGUCUUCUGCCCGGUCCAGGUCAGCCCUUCAGUCAUUGCCUGUCCCUGGUCUCCUCCCUCCAUCCUCAGCCACUGGGGGUUCCCCCCAGGUUCUUGAGGAUGCGGACUCCUCAGGGGCAGUGUAGGCGUGGAGCCCCAGCCCACCUGCCUUCUGGCGGGAGAAAGUUGUGGCUCCAAGCUCUUCCUCCGGCCCGAGCUCUGGGGCUCCAUCCUCUCUGCACCAAGGGUGGUGGCAGGAAGGCUCCCCCAGCCCAUCCCCAGGGUCCCAGGGACUCCCUGUCGCGGUGGGGCAGGGCGGCAGGUGCAGGAAUGGCAGGCCCCCGACAGCCCUGGUGAGUGCCCCGACUCCAAUACGUCCUCUCCUUCCCCGCCCAAUGGACAGUUCCCCAGAGGCGGGCUCCCUCUGCCUUCACAAGGGCUCACGGUGCUAGGGGGCGGGAGAAGGGGGCCUGGUCCUCCCGACACUUCCCCUUGGCGGUCUUCCCGCCGUCUUCCCGCCGGCCUCCGGAGCUGGUGCUUGAGGUCCUUAGGGACCUCGGCUUUUCGUCCUCUGCGCCCAGAGAGGCAGGUGCCUUGGGCUGACGGGCCACUUCUGCAUUUUGAGCGCCUGCUUUGCAUUCAGCUUCUAAACUGGGAGAGCCCUGGGGACAACAGAGAGGCGCGGUGGCCUACAGGAAGACCGAGGGCCCUGUUUUGCCCAAGGGUGCGCUGUGGGGCCUGGGUUGUUCACAGUACCUUUGCACCCCCGGGACAGGAGGACCUGAGCACGAGGCUUCUCAGUGCUGCCAUGCACUUUAUUCUCGGGUGAUCCUAAUCUGGGUCUCGAGAACGUGUUCUCCCAGAGGACAGAGGCUGUGUCUAGAGCAGGCCAGGUUUAUAGUCUCUCCUUCUGAUGAAAAGAGGAAAGAAGAAUGGACUACAGUCACCAAACUUCCCUAGUCCCAUGUGGGAAAGAUAAAUACAUUUCCAAGAAUGAGCUUCUCCUGCAUCUGAAGACCUACAACUUGUACUAUGAAGGCCAGAACCUGCAGCUCCGACACCGUGAGGAAGAAGAUGAGUUCAUCGUGGAGGGGCUGCUGAACAUCUCCUGGGGGCUGCGCCGGCCCAUCCGUCUGCAGAUGCAGGAUGACAACGAGCGCAUUCGCCCCCCUCCCUCCUCCUCCUCCUGGCACUCUGGCUGUAACUUGGGGACACACACUAUCCUGAAGCCCCUCACCAUGCCCGACAUUCAGAUCACAGAGGUGGACGCUCCAGCCGAGAGUGACCAGAUGUCAAGCCCCACAGACUCCAGGGGCCUGAAACCUGUGCAGGAAGACACCCCACAGCUGAUGCGCACACGCAGUGAUGUUGGGGUGCGUCGCCGCGGCAAUGUGAGGACACCCAGUGACCAGCGACGAAUCAGACGCCACCGCUUCUCCAUCAAUGGCCAUUUCUACAACCACAAGACGUCAGUGUUUACCCCGGCCUAUGGCUCCGUCACCAACGUCCGCAUCAACAGCACCAUGACCACCCCACAGGUCCUGAAGCUGCUGCUCAACAAAUUUAAGAUUGAGAAUUCGGCGGAGGAGUUUGCUUUGUACGUGGUCCAUACCAGCGGUGAAAAACAGAAGCUGAAGAACACCGAUUACCCGUUGAUUGCCCGAAUCCUCCAGGGCCCAUGUGAGCAGGUCUCCAAAGUGUUCCUUAUGGAGAAGGACCAGGUGGAGGAAGUCACCUAUGACGUGGCCCAGUAUAUAAAAUUCGAGAUGCCUGUUCUUAAAAGCUUCAUUCAAAAGCUCCAAGAGGAGGAAGAUCGGGAAGUGAAGAAGCUGAUGCGCAAGUACACUGUGCUGCGGCUCAUGAUUCGGCAGAGGCUGGAGGAGAUAGCCGAGACCCCAGAGACCAUCUGAGCCACAGGUCAGAGGGGAUCCAGACACCACAGUGGCCGCCGUUGACAUGAGGAAGACCCACAGGAAGCCAGGUGCCUUCCUUCCACAGAAGCAUUUAAGCCUCUCCAGCUCCCGACAAGCCACCGCGUACUGCCUGAUGGGGAAGCCAGUGGACAGCUCCCCACCCUUGGACCCCCGCUCUUCUCUUUGUUUCAUUCACAAGGAUCUUUGAUUUCUGUUUUAAGGAGGACCCAAAAUGUGUGUGUGCGUGCACACGCGUGUCCGCACACAUGUACAUGUCCACGUGCCUGCCUCAUAUAUUCACAUGCAAUUAAAUUCCAAGCAACCAGCACGAGUGCCAUGAGGCUGGCGGAUGUGCUGCUCAUGGGCAGGAAAAUCAGGGGAGUCACCAAUCUGAGGGGUUUUAUCCUGAAGAAAAAAUGUCUCCCCUCAAGUGCCUGGGAGCAGCCACACAUGUUUGCCCAUGUUUGGGAGGAGAAGGGGGCUCAGCAAGCUCACACUGGGGUACUCAUAUUACAGAGAUUCUCCCUGUCUGCCUGUGAAUGUGAGAUCCUUGGAAGUUAACAGAGCAGCAGCCCCAUGUGUUUGGGCAGGUCUGAUGGGAAGAGAAAGAAAACCAUCAGUGGGGUAGAUGCAAUAAGCCCACAAGUAUGUACACUGGAAAGUUUGGUUUGAAAUAACAAAGAGGUAUGUGGUGAUCUAUGUGGAUGCCUGUAGAGAAUGGACUCUGUCUUGUCCUCGCCCAUGGCCGCCUCUCGGAGACAGGAGGGGAGCCCGAUGUUCCUCUCAGCCCACCAAGCUGCUGACCCCAACUCUUUGGUGCCUCCUCGAGUUGAAGGAAGGAUCUCAUGAAACAGGCCUUGCUGGUUUGCACAUGGCACUGACCGGCUAGUGUGACCCGGGCCUGGGCUUGUUCUGGUGGUGGCCAGGAAGUGUGCCUCUUUAGGGAAAUGUAGAGGCUCCUUGCAGACAUGACAUGCCUGUGGGCCCAGCCCGUUUCACAUCGUCAAGGGGCUCCUGCACUUGAAGCUGCACUUCUGUGUGUCUGGAGUCAAGGCUUUAUUCUUUCCAAGGCUGGAUUCUUGCAAGGUGUCCUUGCCUUGUGGAGAGGGACUCCAAGAACGAGGACUUGUCCUGCUGCUGACCGAGUGUGGUUCAGGGCAGCGCUUUGGGCUGCCCUGCGCAGGUGCAGAGGGAGGACAGAGCUUCUCUUUCAGCUUCUCUGUGCAGCCACCUCGGUGAUCUUCAGAGCAGACCCCAGCUGGGGAAAAAACGCAGGGAGAGUCUGUCCCCUGUGGCCUGCGUCGGAAAGCUUGCGGGGCACCUGGAUGCCCGUGUGACUGAUACUGUUUGAAGAAGGACAGACAGAUGCUUGGAGAAGGGUGCCUGGCCGGGGAGAUCAACCAGGCAAAGCCAGGAGCUCCUGACAGCAGGUGUCUGAAUUUUGUUGGGGUAGGGACGCUUCCCAUCUCUUCUCCACGCCCUCUCCAAGAAUGUUUGAAGAGCUGGCCAGUUGAGGGAAAGAGAACCACUGAUCCGUACCUGCAAGGAAGGUGGAGCUUUGCAGCAGAGCUGUUCUUGCCCCAUGUCCCACCUGCUCCCUUCCCACCCCUGUGGCCUUUGUGGCCUCUUUAGAUAGCUCACAGCUGUGGUCUUAUUGUUAACUUUCAAAAAGAUGGCAUGCUGCCAUCUGGCAUUUUGCCAGUCAAACCAACGACCUUUGUUGGGACAGCACCGCCAGCCCAGUGGAAAUCCGGAGGCCCUGAGUCUCAAACACCUCAGUGGGCUUUGCAAAAUGCACAGAAUCGAGGACAAAGGGUGGAGGGAAGGCUUCCUUUGUCACCAAUGAGAAAGAGCAGUUUUGCGAAUACAAACGUGCUUCCUGAGUUUUGCAUAUGAGAAAUGAGUUGGAAAACUCUUCCAGUUAUUUUUAUGUUGCGUGCUCAAAGACUUUGUUGGCCCCAAUAACUCUCCUUGGAGAACCGGGGAGAAGAAUUUCCACCAAGCAAAUACUAACCACUAACUUUCAUUGGACAGCUUUUCCUGGUUUAUAAAAGUUCUCUUUAAUUUGCACUAGCACUACGGUAGUGUUAAGUGUGGAAAUGUAAAAUGUCAGGUUUGCCAGAUCCCUUUCGAAGGAAAUACUAAGCUCUACUUGGCUCUUUAAAGAUGGGGGGUUGGGAUGGAAAUGAGGGAAAUCGUAUCUUACACAAUACAUUCCAUUUACUGCUGGCCACACAUUUCCAGCUUGGCCCGGCCUGUUCAGAGAUAAUUUCUCACAUCCUUAAUAACCGAGCAGGAAUUUUGGAAAGGUUCUUUGAAACAGCAGCAGCUGACACAGACGCUCCUCCACGGUGUGGAGCUGGAUUUUCUCAUUGGUAUCACAUGGCCCUGCAGCUUUGAACUUCUCCACUGAUUUGUGUGGGUUUACGUAAUUGUGUGCAAUGAACCUGAAAUCGUGCGAAGAACAAAGGCCGAUUUAUAGUUUUUUUUACCCCCUAACUUGUGAAAAGCAGUAUGGCCACUACUGCUUUCUUUCACCGGGGGCUUGUAUUACAAGGUGAUCAAAUGAAGAAAAACCUGAGUCCAUCUGGCUAGGAAGGGGGUUGGGUCCCCAAGGUGAUGGUGGAAUUAGGCACAAGGUCACAUUCUCUGUGAUCACAUUAGUGGGAAGGGAAUGAGUUAGAGGGGGCAGGGGUGGGGGGGGGAGGGACUGAAAAGCACAAAGGGUGGGCGUGGCCGCGCACUGGUGAGGAACGUGCACGCUGGUCUCCAGGCCCACAGACUUGAACUGGGAGUUGAGGUUGAGGUGUGAGGAUCUCAGAUUGGCCACCCGUCCACGUGAAAAAUGCUGAGACCUGAGGUUGAGAUUUUGGUCUGAGACUUCAAGGAGAAGUAUUUUCACCCUUCUGUCUUCCCUACUAGAAAGAGAACCGUACUCUCUCCUGGAGAUCUUCAGAUAAAGACAUUUUAUCAUCAGUGUAGAAAUGACAAAAUAGUAAUAACCGUUCUCCGAUGCAAACACGUCUUGGCAGGAAUCCUUUUCUGCGGAGUUGGGAGGUUAUUUCAGAGCGUCAGGAGGGUGGAACGGGCCACAGAAGGGCAAGAAGCUGUUUUGAGAAAAGAGAAUCUCUCUUCAAAAAACGGACAAACGAAAAACCCCAGUUAUUUCAAAGCUCUGCACACGGAGAACACGUGUCAUCGAUGCAUCUCCAAGACAUGCGUUUCUAUAUGAACCAGGGAAUUUCAGAGCCUCCUAGGGACCAAGCCACGAUACGGAGCUGAGAUAGGAGACAGAGGUCUGGAGUGCCCCAGAUGCAGCAGCCUGUCGAGACCCUUCUUAAGUUGUUUACACAGAGCCUUGCUUGAAUCAGAUGCGAUGGGAAAUGAUCUCCUAUCCAGAUGCAAAUAAAAAUCAAUGUGGCACUCCUUUCAGAUGUAACUGAAAGCGGUUACCUUGUCACGGGAGGUUACAGCGCCCCCUGUGUUUUAACAGCACAAGACACGGACAAGCUGUGAAGGGAAGCCUCCGCUUACUUUUGAGCCUUCCCAGCAGGUCGCAGACCUGUUUCCCAGGCUGAUGGUUACCCGUGUGUUUUUGCUAGUGUUUCUGAAGGGUUUCCUCCACUUGUUUUAGCUUUGUGAAGUGUUCUGAAUCAUAACUUGACUUUUAGCAAAGGUACAUGACCUGGUUUAAUGUUUGGUUCUGAAUUUAUAAAUUGAUGUGUUUAGGUAUCUUCACAUAAUUUGACAAAGUCUCAUAGGGAGCCGUGAAUUUCUGUAACAUUUUGAUAUGUUUUAGUGCACCUGACUUAGAUCUUAUUAAAUAAAGCACUUUUCGAAGAGAAGUCCCUGUGUGUGCGUCCACUGGCUGGGUUAUGGGAGGGGCGAGACGGGAAUGUGCAAGUUCAACCCGGAGAAAAGUUUAUUUCCUUGGCCUACAGUUUCUGGUUUGAAUAGGCUCAGGCUUGGCUGUAAUAUUCCAAAUAAGUGAAAUGAGAAUGUAUAAAUCUUGAAUUCAGGCCCCGGUGGAGAUAGGAGUUACAGUGGAAAGAGCUUGUCCUGACUUAUUGGUACUAACUCACUGAACUUUAUUUAGGACUUGGUUUUCUCAACUAUAAAAUGGCCAAGCCACCCUGUGGGGGUGUGGGAACCUAGGCUUGUCUCUGUUGGAGGCAGCCCCUAGGAGUCACCAAGUGUAAGAUCUCAGACUAGGGCCCCAGUUCCACCCUAUGGUUAACUUUACCUGUCAACUUGGCUAGGCCAUGGUACCAGGUAUUUGGUCAAACACUAGUCCAGAUGUUGCUGUGAAGGUAUUUUUAAAGAUGAGAUUAAUAUUCACAUCAGUAGACUUUGGGGAAAGCAGAUUUGUCUCUACAGUGCUGAAGUCCUUAGGAGAAAAGCCCCAGGAAGAGGGAAUUCUACCUCAAGUCUGCCUUUGGACCUAAGCGACAACAUCAGCUCUUCCCUGGGUCUCCCAGGGGCCUACCAGCCUACCCUGUGUGUGAGCCAGUUCCCGAAACUAAGUCUCUCUAUGUGUACACAUCCUAUUGGUUCUGCUUUUCUGGAAAACUCUGACAAACAGAGAGGUUAUGUGGUUGGUCCGUAACGUUUGAGUAUGUGAUUGACAGUCAUCUUCCUAAAAACUGGCCAUGG